AAGCGCAGGAGGCAGCAGCCGCCGGCGGCAGCCCCGGAGCAGCGCCCCCCCGGACAGCCCCCUCUGCGCCUGGGCUCACCCCCAGCCCUCCUCCCCGGCUCCCCGCAGCCCAUCGCCCUGCAAGGGUGCGCUCCGCCCGGCGACACACGCAUCGGCCAGCCCUGCCCGCAGCCUGGACAUGUCCGAGCCCACCGCCCCGGCCGGCGACAAGGAGCCCGGGCAGCAGGGCCGGCGGCUCUUCGGGCUGCGCUGGGGCCGUCUGGAGGAGCCCCUGGGCUUCAUUAAGGUGCUGCAGUGGCUCUUUGCCAUUUUUGCCUUUGGAUCCUGUGGCUCUUUCAGUGGGGAGACAGGGGCUACUGUGAAAUGCAAUGAUGACCUGAAAGAGAUGACCGCCAUCUCUGUCCAGUUUGGAUACCCUUUCAGGUUAUCCAGGAUUCCCUUUGAGAUGCCUGUCUGCGAGGGCAACGCCACUAAAAGGACUCUGCAUCUCAUGGGGGACUUCUCGGCCCCCUCCGAGUUCUUCGUGACCCUGGGAGUCUUCUCCUUCCUGUACAGCAUGGCAGCCCUGGUGAUCUACCUGCGAUUUCACUCCCUUUACACAGAGAACAAGAGGCUUCCCUUUGCGGAUUUCUGCGUGAGCGUCUCCUUCACCUUCUUCUGGCUGGUGGCGGCUGCAGCCUGGGGCAAAGGCCUGUCAGACGUGAAGGGGGCCACGCGGCCAUCCAGUCUCAUCGCCGCCAUGUCCGUGUGCCAUCUCAAACAGGCGGUGUGCAACGCCGGGGCCACGCCGGCCAUGGGGCUGGCCAACAUCUCUGUGCUCUUUGGCUUCAUCAAUUUUAUCCUGUGGGCUGGAAACUGCUGGUUUGUGUUUAAAGAGACCUCGUGGCACGCGCAGGCCACCAACAAGGAGAAUUCUGCUGAACAGGGAGCCAUCGACAAGCAAUAAAGGCCCUCUCUGCCUGUCCACCCCCCUCAAGACCUUCUCCCACCCUGGACAGCUGGUACCUUGUCACAUACAUGCCUUCAUCCCA